AUGAUCCUCGGGCUGUCACUCAUCCUCGCGUUCCUCACGUACCUUAUUUACCGCCGCCUGCUACUAUCUACGGACAGUAGUAGUACUAGUAGCAUCACUGGCACUGGCUCGUCCAGGAACAGCUCACAAUCAUAUCAAGUCUUUCCGAUGUGGCCGUUCCUGUCGACGCUCCUACAACAGCAGUCCACCACCUCUACUACUACUACCACCUCAACCUCCGCAACCGUAGGCCCCUCCAGCACAGCCAAGCGUCCCUUCCCUACAUGCCAACCCACCACCAUCUCUACCAGUGCUGCCAAUAGUGCCACUACCACCACCACCACUACAACAUUAAGGGCCAAUGACUACCAUGGUAGGUCACCGGUCGCUCCCGCACAAUAUGCAGCAUCGCCGGAAACAACUCCAAAAGCGAUCCCCGCAGCACCUGCCAUCGCUAUUGACGCAAUCCCGCCAGUCACCCUCGAGUUAACACCCCCCAGCAUCACCAUCAACGUCGACGCCGAAGAUGAGGAUGACACCUACAUUCCCUCGUUCCCAUCCAUAAAUUCCGCGCAGCGGGCCUCGCCAUCCUCCUCUGCAUCCCUCAUGUCCACCACUCACAGCGCCAAACCAGCAGCCCCCAUGGCGCCGCCCCCAAUCCCCAUCCGCGGCCGCAACCCAAAAGCCAACGUCCGCUACGCAACGCCCACCACCACUGCAACCCCGUCCGCAGCAGCCGUCGCACGCCAGAACCCAAACGGCGCAGCCCGCUCACGACUCACCGCGAUGGGCGUCGGCGCAUCUGGCGUGGCCGCAGGCAGCGGACUGAGCCUGCCGGGCAGAGGGGGGCAGAGCAACAACAGCAACAGGAAGAAGGUUGUGCUAGAGCCUGGACACUCGCCGCUGGACUGGGCGCGCUUGCAGAGGAGCGGGAUUGAUCUGAGGGGACUCCCACACUCAAACCUAAUCAAGGUACCGCCAUCACUGCUGGCAAAACACGCAAAGGCCCCCGAAGACAUCUGGACGGCGCUCAACGGACGCGUCUACAACAUCACCGCCUACCUCCCCUUCCACCCGGGCGGCGAGAAGGACCUCCUCCGCGGCGCGGGCAAGGACAGCACUAAACUCUUCAACGCUACGCAUCCGUGGGUAAAUGUGGAGGGCAUGCUGGCAGAGUGCCUCAUCGGCAUAUUUGUCAGCGAGGAGGAAGCGGCCGCGGGCCUGGACGAGGAUGAGUCGCCGUUGGAUACAGUGGAUUGA